GUGCCACCCUGAACGCUUUGCUGGUGGCGGCCGAGCACCUCAGCGCCCGGGCCGGAUGCACGGUGGUGACCGCUGACGUCCUGAGGGACGCCCGCAUCCUCAUCUUGCACAUGGGCCGCGACUUCUCCUUUGACGACUGCGGCCGUGCCUUCACCUGCCUGCCCGCUGAGGAGCCCGGCGCCGCAGCCGAAGCGCUGGUCUGCAACCUGGACAGCCUGCUGGGGACCAUGACACACCGGCUCUGUGUGGGCUCCCCACCUGGCGUCUGGGUCUGCAGCACUGACAUGCUGCUCACUGUGCCCUCAACACCAGGGAUCAACUGGGAUGGCUUCCAGGGUGUCCGAGUGAUCGCAGUGCCCGGGAGCCCAGCGUAUGCCAGGAACCAUGGGGUCUACCUCACCAAUGAGCAGGGGCUGGUGCGUGACAUCAUCUACAAAGGCACGGAGGCCCAGAUCCAGCAGUGUGUGGGGCCGGACGGCACUGUCCCACUGGUCUGUGGGAUUGUUUUCUUCUCCUCCGAUGCUGCCGAGCAGCUUCUGGCCACACACGUCAUCCCUCCUCUGGACGCCUGCACCUACAUGGGGCUGGACUCGGGGGCACCACCCAUCCAGCUCUCCCUCUUCUUCGACAUUGUGCUGUGCAUGGCAGGGGGGAUGACAGAGGAGGAUUUUGUGAAGGGUGGUGGCGAUGCCAGCGUGAAGAGUGCCCGCUCCGUGCUGUGGACAGCUCUCCGUGGCUUCCCUCUUAGCAUGGCCUGCAUUCCCGAUGCGUCCUACGACUACAUGACCUCCUCUGCGAGCGACCACAUCCGCAGCCUGACUCUCCUGCCUGGCUCUGCCACCCACCUCCGCUUCUGCAAGACAGCCCAUUCCCACGUGGAUCAGCCCUGUCUCCUGGAGGAUGGCUCUUCCGUCACCAACUGCCUGCUGGAAGGAGCUGUGCGGCUGGCAGCUGGCAGUGUCAUCCAGCACUGUCACCUCCAGGGUCCCCUGGUGAUCGGUCCUGGCUGCCUCCUCUCGGGCCUCAGCGUGGGCUCCUCACCAGCCCUGCGGGGCUGUCCCCUGCGUGAUAUCGUCCUGCAGGGCCACCGCGUCCGGCUGCGUGACCUGCCCUGCCGUGUGUUCACUCUCACCGGCCGCCUCGACGACUGGCAGAGCCCUGUGGAAAAAGCCACCUACCUGAACGUGCCCUGGGCUGAGUUUUUCCAACGAACGGGCGUACGGGAAGGGGACCUUUGGGAUGCCGAGACGCCGCGGGGGAGCCGCUGCCUGCUCAGCGCCCGGCUCUUCCCGGUGCUGCAUGCCCGCGAGGCGCUGGGGCUGGAGGAUGUGCUGUGGCUGCUGGGCCUGGCCACAGUGGCCAGUGAGCAGCUGGCACGCUGGAGGAUGGCCUGGCGUAUGUCCUGGCAGGAGCUGCUGCCCUGCCUGGACACGGAGGCCGAGCUGGGCGCACGCCAGGCCCUGUUCUUCCUGCAGGGCCAGCACAAGGUGCGGCGAGUGCUGCUGGGGCGCCAGGACAGCAGCCUCCUGCCGCUUGCCCGCAGCGCUGUGCACGAGGGCUACCACGAAGCCAUGCUGGGCACGCUGGAUGAGGUUGCCUCCACGGCCAGCGAUGCUGGUAUUGCAGCACGGGCGCUUGCCUGUAUUGCUGAGGUCCUGGGCUGCAUGGCACAAGGGGAAGGGGGCUUGCGGAGUGGUCCUGCUGCCAACAGGGAGUGGGCCUCAGCUUUUGGGCGCUUGGAGAGUGGGGACAUUGCUGGUGGUGUCCAGGAGCUGGCUGCUGAGCGGCAGAAGUGGAUGAGCCGGCCGGCUCUGCUGGUGAGAGCAGCUCGGCAUUACGAGGGGGCCGAGCAGAUCCUUGUCCGGAAGGCAGUGAUGUCCUCAUGCCAGUUCAUCACCGUGGAGCAGGUGGAGCUGCCACCCUUGGGGCAGUGGGUGCAGGUGGUGUGUCCGGCCCGCCUGGACCUCUCUGGUGGCUGGAGUGACACACCCCCCAUCACCUACGAGCACGGGGGGGCCGUGGUGGACGUGGCAGUGCUGGUGGAUGGGUGCCGGCCCAUUGGCGCCCGUGUGCGGCGCAUUGUCCAGCCAGAGCUGCGCCUCGUCACCCUCAGCGGGACACCACGGGGCGAGGUGGUGGCAGAGCUGGUGUGCCGGGAGCUGGAGCACUUACAGGAUUACUGCCAGCCACAUGCACCAGGAGCCCUGCUCAAAGCUGCCUUUAUCUGCACCCAGGUUGUGCAGUUCCCCUCACAGAGACCUUUGCGGCUCCAGCUGAUGGAGAGUUUUGGAGGUGGCUUUGAGGUGCACACCUGGUCCAGGCUGCCCCACGGGUCUGGCCUCGGCACCAGCAGCAUCCUGGCAGGAGCAGUGAUGGCAUCCUUGUACCGGGCAGCAGGGAAGGCUGCCAGCACUGAGUCCCUUAUCCAUGCUGUGCUGCACCUGGAGCAGAGGCUCACAACAGGGGGUGGUUGGCAGGACCAGGUUGGUGGGCUCGUUCCUGGCAUCAAAAUUGGGAGGUCAAAGGCCCAGCUGCCGCUCAGAGUGGAAGUGGAGCAGAUCCUGGUCCCUGACGGUUUUACCCAGACCCUGAACGAUCACCUGCUGCUGGUGUACACAGGGAAGACCCGCCUGGCCCGCAACCUGCUCCAGGAUGUGGUGAGAAACUGGUAUGCCAGGCUGCCCUCCAUCGUGCAAAAUGCUGACGCGCUGGUGAGCAAUGCUGAGGAGUGUGCCCAGGCCUUGAGGCAAGGUGACCUGCUGCUCCUUGGCAAGUGCCUGGACUGCUACUGGCAGCAGAAGAAGUGCAUGGCCCCGGGCUGCGAGCCGCUGGCCGUUGGGCGCAUGAUGGACGCUCUCCGGCCCUACGUCCACGGGCAGUGCUUGGCUGGGGCUGGCGGCGGCGGCUUCCUUUACAUCCUAACCAAAGCCCCUCGGCAGAAAGAGGCUUUGCACCAGAUCCUGGCAAACACUGAGGUGAGCUCUGAGCCCCCCACAGUUGCAGGCAGCUUGCAGCAGCCUUAUAUAGAGCAUGAGGAACAUCUCCCCACCACGCAUGGGCUGUGACUGCUUCUUGUUCCAACGCCCUCCCUGGGACCUUGCAGGUGAGAAGGGGUCUUUUGCUGGCUCUUGUCCCAACCUGUGAUUGUUUUUCUAGGGACUGGGUAACUUCAGCAUCCACAGCAUUGAAGUGGACACGGGUGGUUUCUCUGUGGAGGUCGUGGGAUGUGGUACGAAGGACAGUGCUCACCCUGGAGGGGACAGGGCUGUGUGAAGGCCGUCAGCCCUGGCCCAUUCCUGGCAGAUACACGGAACAGGUGCUGGGAAAUCCCCACUACUUUAGGGGCACCUUCUCCAGCCAGCUCCAGCAAGUGCCCUUAGGUCUCCAUAUGGCCUUUCUGUGCUGCUACUUGUCCCAAAAGCCAGAGCCUGGAGAAACUGUGACAAGUUGUGCAGGCAGGCAAAACUACCCCUGUUGGGUGGCCUUGCUGGAGGGACAGUUUGCUAGGGCCUCCAGCCUGAUUUUGGUGUUUCACUCCAGUUUUUAGUUCUUCAAAGGGAACAAGCUAGCAUUUGUGAUGCUGCAUCUAGCAGGAACCUUCCUGCUCUUCCAGCAGCAGGGACCCAAGCUGCCUGUUCAGCAUGCAAUGCUCCUGCACCAGGGAUGCAGCUUGAUGUGGAAUCAAGACCUUCUCCUGCCCUGAGGCACUGUUUCAGCAGUGAAAUAGUGAAUUUUGAACGCAAGUUACUAGUCCUUGCAGUCUGUCUG